AUGGACGCAAGCACCGCGCCUGUCAUGCACUCAGGGUGGGUGCUCAAAAAGAAGAAGAAAAAGAUGCAAGGUUACGCGAAGCGCUGGCUGAUUAUAUUUGAAGAUGGCACGCUCUCAUAUUCCAUCAAGCCAGAGAGUGAGUCACGCGGUAUUAUCGAAGUGCCUCAUGCCAGCGUAAGUUCUGAUAUUCGACAUGGAACGAUCCAUGUUGAUAGCGGAUCGAAUGUAUUUCAUUUCAAAAUGCUCAAUGAGAAGGACUUCAGUGUAUGGCGGAUGGAGCUACGCAAGUUUUUGUACCAUUGGCAGGGUGAGGUACUGCUUCCUCCCAAGCUGCUGACAGGAAGCUUGGGUUCAUCUAUGGAGCGCGCCGAUGAACUCUUGAACUCGAGUAUUCGUUCUUUAGAGCUGAUCAACGCGUCAAGCGCCUCUAUUGAUAUCAAGAAUGUGCUCGUUGCACUUGGCCAAGUUCAGGAGCAGCAUGCACUGAUGCGUCAACAUUUAGCUCGGCGUCCGCGUAGUGAGACUUCCCGCACCACCACGCCGGUCAACAACUCGAGGUCUCGUCCUGGGCAUUCUCACCUUGCCACGGCAUCACCAAAUGGCGCUGCAGGGACUUCAGCAUCUGUAGCGAGUUUCCUGAACGUGGAUGCCGAUACAGCACUGGACAGCACCCCCUCAUCAGUCAUAUCUGCCGAUGAAGGUGACUUUGACUUUUAUGAUGCGGACGAUAUGGUAAAUGGUGUCGAGUAUGAAAUGAACGAAUGCGAUAACGAUGAUUAUGGCUGCGUGGCUGAAGUAGAACAAGAUGAUGCCGAUGAUGAUGAAGAUGACUAUGCAUUUGAAGAGAGCAACGCUGAUGUGCUCAGUCCUCAUGUAAGCACAGCCAUCACGCCUAUGAAUACCACUCAAAAUCAAAUUACGUACCGCAAGACAUUACCUGCUCCCGUAACUGGAGAAGAAAUGUCGCUUUUUUCGAUUUUGAAGAAAAACGUUGGAAAGGACUUAUCAACUAUCUCGUUCCCUGUCACAUUCAAUGCGCCCCUCUCCAUUUUGCAGGCUGUGGCAGAAGAGUAUGAAUAUGCGCCCUCUCUGCUAGAGCGAGCUGCCCAGACUAGAGAUCCCGCGGAGCGUAUCGCGCUGGUCGGUGCAUUUGCUGUGAGUGGCUAUGCAUCCACGUCUGUGCGUUCGAGUCGUAAACCAUUCAAUCCUCUUCUUGGCGAAACAUAUGAAUGUGUUCGAACAGACCGACGCCUCCAUUUUCUAGCGGAAAAAGUGGUACAUCGCCCACCUGUGACAGCAUCCUAUGCAUAUGGUGCUGGAUGGAAAGUCUCUGCCGCAGGGACUGUGAAAAACAAGUUCUGGGGAAAAUCUCUUGAGCUUAUCGCGGAAGGAGCAGAAAUUGUUGAACUUGACACAGGGGACAAGUACAGCAUCGUCAAACCAAGUUCAUUCAUGCGAAACCUACUGGCAGGUACCAAGUACUUGGAGCAUGUCGGUGAGAUGAGUGUGACGAACCUGUCUACGAAUGAGUCCUUGGUUAUUCGCUUUAAGGAAGGAUCAAUGUUUGGUGGCGUGGCAAAUCGGAAUCAUAUUGAAGGUGUGGUUUACGAUGCAAACAAGAGCAAAGUCGGUGAAAUGAAAGGCCGCUGGGAUGAGCGCAUAUUUCUUACUAACAACAAUGCUACCACAAGUGUGCUGUGGCAAUCCGAAAAGAUACCACCCGAUGCAUCUGACUACUACGGAUUCACGUACUUUGCUAUGUCGCUAAACGAAAUUACUGACGACAUUCGAUCUAUUCUCCCUCCUACAGACUCGCGGUUACGCCCGGAUCAGCGCGCAUUGGAAGAUGGUGAUGCUGACAAGGCAGAGGCGCUAAAACUCGAGCUUGAAGGGCAUCAGCGAGAACGCCGCAAGAAGAUGGAAGCUGCGGGUGAGACGUACCACCCCCAAUGGUUCCACCCUAGUAACAAUGGCGUAGGCUGGGCAUAUGGUGGACCGGAUGGACGUGAAUACUUUACCAUUCGAGAGCAAAUCAAACAAUCACAAAGUCAAUGGAACGUUCCCAUGGCCCAAAUUUUUGAGGUGCAUCGGCCCUGA